AUGAAUGUGAUAAAGCUCCAAAGGAAAUACCCGCAGUUCCAGCAGAACGAGAUCUUUACCCUCCAAGAUGCCUUUCACAAGCUAGACGUAGACGACAAGGGCUACCUCGACGAAGCUGAGACGAUCAAAGCGACCCAGGCCUCAGAGAGACUGCCGUACGAUGUUGUCCGGCAGACAUUGAAGGAGGUCGAACUGGAUAGCUCUCGCCGGGUCGAGUUCGAGGAUUACGUUGACUUGAUAGCAAAACUGCGAAGCGGUGGCCAACCCGCCAGUGCCGCACCCCCCGUUCCCUCCAAACCCUCGUCGCAUGUCUCCGGCGGUCAUGGACAUGCCUCCAAGGGAAGCAUCAGCGGCAAGAUCCACGUCCAGGGCUCGUCUGCGAACGUCACGCACACUAUCAACGAAGAUGAGAGAACCGAAUUCACCAGACACAUCAACGCCGUGCUUGCAGGUGACCCGGAUAUCGGCCACAUGCUCCCCUUCCCAACGGACACCUUUGAGAUGUUUGAUAAGUGCAAGGAUGGUUUGGUGCUGGCAAAGCUUAUCAACGACAGUGUGCCCGAUACCAUUGACGAGCGAGUGUUAAACAGACCAGGCAUACGAAUAAAGCAGCUUAAUGCGUUUCACAUGACUGAGAACAAUAACAUCGUUAUCAACUCAGCAAAGGGCAUUGGAUGUUCGGUUGUCAAUAUUGGAAGCGGAGAUAUCAUUGAGGUCCGAGAACAUCUUAUUCUCGGUCUUAUCUGGCAGGUUAUUCGUCGUGGUUUGCUCGGCAAGAUUGACAUAAAGCUUCACCCCGAGCUGUACAGAUUACUGGAAGACGACGAGACAUUGGACGAGUUCCUUCGUCUGCCUCCUGAGCAGAUCUUGUUGCGCUGGUUCAACUAUCACCUUAAGAAUGCCAAAUGGCACAGAACAGUAUCAAACUUCUCUACUGAUGUCAAAGAUGGAGAGAACUAUACCAUCCUGCUGAACCAGCUGGCCCCUGAUAUCUGCUCACGGAAGCCCCUCGAGACCCGUGACCUGCUGCAGCGUGCCGAACAGGUCUUAGACAACGCUGAUUUGCUAGAAUGCCGCAAGUUCCUGACACCAUCCUCGCUUGUGGCCGGAAACCCUAAGCUUAACCUUGCCUUCGUUGCCAAUCUGUUCAAUACUCAUCCCGGACUGGAGCCCAUUACAGAGGAGGACAAGCUCGAGGUGGAAGACUUUGACGCCGAAGGAGAGCGUGAAGCUCGUGUAUUUACUCUCUGGCUGAACUCUCUUGACGUCCAACCCGCCGUCAACUCGCUCUUCAACGACCUAAGGGAUGGAACCAUUAUCCUCCAGGCUUACGACAAGGUCAUCCCGAACAGCGUUAAUUGGCGGCACGUUAACAAGCCUCCCGCGUCGGGCGGUGAGCUGAUGCGGUUCAAAGCAGUGGAGAACACUAACUACGUAAUUGAGAUCGGGAAACAAAACCGCUUCUCCCUCGUGGGCAUUCAGGGGGCUGACAUUACGGAUGGCCAACGCACCCUCACUCUCGGCCUAGUCUGGCAGUUGAUGAGAAAGGACAUUACCAACACACUGUCCUCUCUCGCAGAGCGACUAGGCAAGCGUGAAAUCACCGACAAUGAAAUGAUUCGAUGGGCCAACGACAUGUCUCGCAAGGGCGGAAAGAGCUCAAGCAUCCGCAGUUUCAAGGACCAGUCUAUCGCCACCGGUAUCUUCCUGCUCGAUAUCCUCAACGGAAUGAAGAGCAGCUAUGUCGACUAUGACCUUGUCACCCCCGGACGAACAGACGAGGAAUGCUAUGCUAACGCAAAGCUUGCCAUCAGUAUUGCCAGAAAGAUGGGGGCCACGAUAUGGUUGGUUCCUGAGGAUAUCUGCCAGGUCCGCUCCAGACUUGUCACCACAUUUAUCGGAUCGCUGAUGGCGACAUUCGAGAAGAUGUGA